AUGAAAAAGGAGUUCACAGUGUGCUUCCCAACUGAAGAGGAAGAGGCUGUCCAUGAUGAUCACCACAUAGAUGAACCAGACAUAUGGAAUGACCUGGAAGUUGAAGAACCGGAGGCCAUCGACAACUUUGGGUAAAAAUGGUCAACAACAACGUUUAGUGUUUUGCACAAGAAGUGCAUUCGGAAAGAAUUUAGACCCCUUGACUUUUUCCACAUUUUGUUACGUUACAGCGUUAUUCUAAAAUGGAUUAAAUAAAUACAAAUCCUCAACCUACACACAGUACCCCAUAAUGACAAAGUGAAAACAAGUUUUUAGAAAUGUUUCUAUUGAUCAUCCUUGAAAUGUUUCUACAACUUGAUUGGAGUCCACCUGUGGUAAAUUCAAUUGAUUGGACAUGAUUUGGAAAGGCACACACCUGUUGAAAUAAGGUCCCACAUAGUUGACAGUGCAUGUCAGAGCAAAAAACAAGUCAAGAGGUCAAAGGAAUUGGCUGUAGAGUUCCGAGACGGGAUUGUGUCGAGACACAGAUCUGGGGAAGGGUACCAAAACAUUUCUGCAGCAUUGAAGGUCCCCAAGAACACAGUGGCCUCCAUCAUUCUUAUUGGAAGAGGUUUGGAACCACCAAGACUCUUCCUAAAGCUGGCCGCCCAGCCAAACUGAGCAAUCGGGGGAGAAGGGCCUUGGUCAGGGAGGUGACCAAGAACCUGAUGUUCACUCUGAUAGAGCUCCAGAGUUCCUCUGUGGAGAUGGGAGAACCUUCCAGAAGGCCAACCAUCUCUGUAGCACUCCGCCAAUCAGGCCUUGGUAGAGUGGCCAGACGGAGCCACUCCUUAGUAAAAACCACAUUACAGCCCGCUUGGAGUUUGCCAAAAGGCACCUAAAGGACUCAGACCAUGAGAAACAAGAUUCUCUGGUCUGAUGAAACCAAGAUUGAACUGUAUGGCCUGAAUGCCAAGCGUCAUGUCUGGAGGAAACCUGGCACCAUCCCUACCGUGAAACAUGGUGGUGGCAGCAUCAUGCUGUGGGGAUGUUUUUCAGCGGCAGGGACUGGGAGACAAGUCAGGAUUGAGUGAAAGAUGAAUGGAGCAAAGUACAGGGAGAUCCUUGAUGAAAACCUGCUCCAGAGUGCUCAGGACCUCAGACUGGUGUGAAGGUUCACCUUCCAACAGGACAACGACCCUAAACACAGCCAAGACAAUGCAGGAGUAGCUUCGGGACAAGUCUCUGAAUGUCCUUGAGUGGCCCAACCAGAGCCCGGACUUGAACCUGAUCGAACAUCUCUUGAGAGACCUGUAAAUUGCUGUGCAGCGACACUCCCCAUCCAACCUGACAGAGCUUGUGAGGAUCUACAGAGAAGAAUGAGAGAAACUCCCCAAAUACAGGUCUGUCAUGCUUGUAGCAUCAUACCCAAGAAGACUCAAGGCUGUAAUCGCUGCCAAAGGUGCUUCAGCAAAGUACUGAGUGGUCUGAAUACUUAUGUAAAUGUUAUAUAUAUAUAUAUAUAUAUAUAUAUAUAUAUUUCAGUUUUUUAUUUUGUAUAUAUUUGCAAAAAUUCUAAAAACCUGUUUUGGCUUUGUCAAUACGGGGUAUUGUGUGUAGAUUGAUAAGGGGAAAAACAAUUUAAUCAAUAUUAGAAUAAGGCUGAAACAUAAAGUGUAAAAAGUAAAGGGGUCUGAAUUCUUUCUGAAUGCAGUGUACAUUACAACUAGCGGUGAGAGAUGGGUUGAAGGAGACAAAAAUUGUCAGUCCAGCUCUUUCCAAAGCGUCCAAGAUUAGCUCAUUUCCCCACACUAGCACCACUUUUAAAGAGGAAUUUGAGGGUGAGUUUGGAGUGAAGGGAAUCCCUGCUGCAGUGAACACAUUCUGGAACUCCACAGUGAGGCAGGUGAGAGAAGUGCUCUAUUUCGGCUACCUGAAGUUGUGUCGGAUGCGUGAAGAGGUGGGGCAUAAAGAAUUCAUAUUUUCUUUGAGAGUGGAAACUACUGAAUAAUUGGGUGACAUUCUUCAGCCUUUUGCAGAAGCCACAGAUAUUACGCAAGGAGAGAAAGUUGUCACAAUCAGUGCAGUGGUUCCUAGCAUUCUUUCCCUACACCAUCAUCUGGAGACGCAGAAACCACAAGUGAGCUACCUUACUGGCCUGGUUCGUAGUCUCCAAGCAUCACUGAAGAGGAGAUUAAUUGGAAUCUUCAUCAAUGUCAAGAUGGCCACCCCAUCUGGAGACUGA